GUUAGAUACCAGCUCGGGGAAGUUUAUGGCUGGCCAUUGUACACCUGGCCGCAAACCCAAGGGCAGUUUAUGGCAGAGGGAAGAAGGGCGCCAGUGCCUGAGAGCGCUCCUGCGAUGGGAGGCGUUGGAUGAUGUUGGGGAUCUGAGGCGCAGCAUAGAGCUCGACAGCGUUUACAGCAGCAUUGUGUUCGCCGUGGAGAAAGGGCUCUCCUGGCCUGCAGUCGUGGAAGCGGGAAAGCUUGCAGAAGAGCUGCUGAACGAAACCAAAGGUUUGCCCGUUUCUCAGGCCAUCUGUGUCCUAAAGGAUAAACUCAUGGCGUGUGAGCCAAAGCUGAGUCCAUUCAAACCGUGUGUCUUGUGUGAAUACUUCUAUCACACGCUCAUCAGGCACUACCAGCUCUACCAGUUUGUGCUGUGUCGGGAGAGAGACGUUGACCAGACGUCUGCCCACCUAGAAAUCUGUGUGCCGCCCCAGCCUCUGCCGCUGAUGGCAGGCGUCGACGCUGAAGUCUGGCACUAUCAGCAGCAGCUGGCUGCCCUCUCGGCCGCUGAGGUCCAAAAACGUACCAACAUGCUGAUCCUCCGAGAGACACUACACCUGGAGAGGGAGCAUAUGUUGCAAAGAGCGUAUGAUGAUCUGAAAUCGCGAGCAGAGAUCCUAGACAGACAGAUUUUGGAGACCCUAGUGAAAGAAGUGAUCGGGACCCAGAUCCAAGCUCUCCGUGAGAUCCUGCAGACUGAGAUCCAGACCACCUUCGAGAUCCUGGACCUGAGACUCCAGAAGAGGGCCCUGAUCCUGAACCCUCCUGUCCCCCACCCCCCACCUCCCCUUCUUGAAGAAAGAGCAAAGAAGUCAACCAAAGCUCAGCCGCAGAAAAAGAAGAAGUGAAGAGACGCAUCUUGGUUGGUGUAACACUUAGCAGAAAUCCCUGACUGACCUGUAAUAACGUGGAUUGUGCUUUUCAGUCCUGAGUUUUAAACGCUCCAUCCAUAGCUUGAUGCUGGGCUGUUUGUUCACCUGACCCUGGCUGGAAUGGGCCAGUGUGACAGAUGGAAGUGUUGCUAGCAUAGCUUUGGGAGCUACGACUUUAUUGUCCUCUUAAGCUUCCUGAUGCAAUGCUGGCCCUCUGAAUUUGGCAAUAAAGACCAAGAGA